AUGUGGGCGCGCGCGGUUCUGGCCUGUGCGGCACUGUGCGCAUGCGCACGCGCUUGGCUCGGCGGGCCCGUGUGCGCGCGGGAGGCGGCGGGCGCGGGCGGCGCGCGGUACGUGGCGUUCCUGAGCGCCGGCACCGCCACCGGACCCGCGCUGGUCGAGAGCGUCUGGGCUGCCCCCGGCCGCCUCCGCGCCUGCUGGGCCCGCCGCGAUCCGCGCCUCGCCCGUGCCUUCCGUGCCGCCUGCGCGCAACGCCCUCCUGCCGCGCCCGGAGCUGCGCUGCGCGGGGCCCUGUCCGCGCUGUGGCGGCGUCGUGCUGCCUGCACCGACCCCGUGUCGCCGGGACCGCAACGCCGCCGCCGCCGGGGCUGGACGCUGCCAGGAACGCUGUGGUGCGGCGCGGGGAACUCGGCGGGGAACUGGAGCGAGCUGGGGCUCUUCCGCGGCCCCGACCGGUGCUGUCGGGAGCAUGACCAGUGCUGGGCGCAGAUCACGGCACUGCAGUUCAGUUACGGCAUCCGCAACUAUCGCCUGCACACCGUGUCCCACUGCGAUUGCGACACCAGGUUCCGGCAGUGCCUGCUCGCCAUCAACGACACCGUUUCCAACAUCAUCGGCGUCACAUUCUUCAACUUGUUGGAGGUACCGUGCUUUGUGCUGGAAGAGAGCGAGGAGUGCAUCCAGUGGCACUGGUGGGGCGGGUGUGAGCGUUAUGGAGUAGUGCCUCUGGCCAGGAUGGUGCAGCAGAAUCAGUACCACCCCAGCCUACCAGCAGAGGAGAGGGGCAGCCCCACUGUGCAGCCCCCGAGCAAGGGAAGGAAUUUCUCUAGAACAGGGCGUAAGCGGUUUCGACAGAAACUGAGGGCAAAGCCUGGGCACCGCCAGGCACGGAGACAUAAGACAGCCCAGCAGCCACAGGGCCCAGGUACCCCUGCGUCAGACAGGGACAAGACUGAGCUCACAACCAGGCACCCAGCAGUGCGUUGGGCGCUAGAGCCUGGCCGUGCAACAGCAUCGACAGUGUCAGGACAGGAUUUGGUUGGACCAGAGCAAGGAGCUGGAAUCUCAGCACGUCCUCGGUGUGGCAGCCUUGGACCCAGCCCAGCCACAGCGCAGUGUGGAGCCACCCCCGUACCAGCUGUGAAGGGGCGCAGGCAGCAGGGCCCGGGCAGGGGGUGCAGGUGCAGCAAGCACCUGGGUAAGUGUGAGCACCAGAUUGCACCCCAUGAGGUGAGGUACCAGCUGCACAACGUGGACAGCCGGACACUCUUCCACUGCAACUGCACGCGCAGGCUGGCACGGUGCCUCCACAGGGCAAGGGACUGCAGCAACAUGGACUUGGCUGUCCUGGCUGACCACAUCACCAUGGACUGCUUUGUGCUAGAGCUGCCUGCUGCCUGCAGCCCAGGCAGGGGGUCACAGCACAGCUGUACCAUGAUGACCAGGGCUGUGCUUGUACCUGCACAGCAGCUCAAAAAGAUUCUAAGACGCUGGGGCCCUCCGCAUGUGAGCUCCAAGGCCAAGCAUCUACACGGGAAGACACAUGCCAGGCGAGGUACCCUCUGUGAGCAGUGCCACCAGCAUCGGGUUGUAGAGCAGACACCAGCUUGGCCCCACACAGUGCGUUGA